CACUGCCGUAGUUAGAGCCAGCCAGCGUGGUCCGAGAUGGCGCUGUACAAGGGACGUGUUGCGCUGGUGACCGGCGCCGGGGCAGGCAUCGGCGCCGCCAUCACGCAAGCGCUGCUCCGGCACGGCGUCAACGUCGUGGGCGUCGCCAGGAGGCGCGCCAGGGUGCAGGCUCUGGCUUUGAAGGAUGCCCCUGGCAAACUGUACGCCCUGGAAGCGGACCUCAGCAAAGAGGAGAGCAUACUGGCCGUUUUCAAGUGGAUCAGAGAGAACCUGUCUGGAGUGGACAUCCUCGUCAACAACGUCGCCGUCUUGGUUGACGAAGACCUGACAACUGCAUCGACGGACUCAUGGAGGCGCAUGCUGGACGUGAACGUGCUGGGUCUGAGCAUCUGCACCAGGGAGGCCAUCCAGGACAUGAUCAGAAGGGGCGUCGACGACGGCUUCGUCAUCCACAUCAACGGGCUCUGGGGACACAACCCACCACCGAACAGCAAGGUGGCCAUGGCUGCGGCCACCAAGCAGGCUGUGACGGCGCUGCUGGAAGGCCUCAGGAAGGACCUCGUCGCCAGGAAGAGCCACAUCAGAGUGGGGCAAGUAUCUCCCGGAUUGGUGAAGACAGAGUUCUACAAUACAACUAAACACUUGACACCUGAAAUGUUCAAGACAGCACCUUAUCUGGAACCAGAAGAUAUAGCGAAUGCUGUCAUCUACAUGUUGUCCCAGCAUCCGAGAGUACAGGUUCAUGACAUCCUAACCCACCCGACCGGUGAUGCGUUCUAGAUGGAAUCCUUAGUGAUAAUGCACGGAUAAACGCACUGCAUCUACCCUUCACCUUGAAUUGCUGGUCAUGCAUUUGUUUGUGUUGUGCAGUUACCCGUACAUUACUCUGGUAUCUCAUAAUCAACUGAGUUGUUAAGAAGUUACAAAAUCGUCUUUAAAAAAUAAAUUAUCCAAUUAUAA